CCCAUCCAUCUAUUUCGAUUGAUUCCGUGCAUUUUGGGCGGAUAUCGAUAUAAUAAAAUGCCACUUCAAGUUCUUUGAAGGGUGAUCUAGCUGCGCCAAACCAUUCGCUUUUUCCUUGCUGGUCUGGGGAGCAACACAAGAUGGGAAAGCUCUCCAAUCUCCGCGUGCUCAGCGGGACGCUCGACUGAACAGCGACAGUGCUGAAGAUAGCGCUGUCUGCCGCUGUGCCCUCUGCCACUGUCCGUGGUCCUGAAGUCAAAUGCGUCCCCUCUUACUCACAAGGGCGAUGUAAAGCGCCGCUGUUCUGCACGCUCCUCUUCACAAAAUUGGCGGUAUAGGCGGAGGACUUGAAUCGGGGCUUUUUCGCCUCAGCUUAUUCAACUAACGAGAAUCAAGCUAUGAUUGGUAGGCUACCAUAUUCUCUGCUUCUUCCCGGAGAGUGCGCACGGAAAAGUGUGGACAAAUAAAAUAUCUUUAGUAGGCUAAACAUUUAACUUUUACUGGAGAUGCUGGGUUUAAACUUAUUUUCUUUUAGUUAAUUUUUCUCUUCUUAAAGGUGUAUCUUCCAGAGUUUGGGUCUAUUGUUCAAAUUGCACUCGCUGCUGGGUGUAUGUUACAAUGCAUAAUUCUGUUUUUGAUCUACCUGCAGCAUUUGGUAGUUGAUUGAAAUGACUCUCACUGCCGUGGACGACUAUGAGUAGCCUAUUGGCAAAAAUAGAAGGCAAUAUAAUUUCGUACCAUUUUUUUCAAGGCUUCUUUUUCACACAUCAGUACCUAUUGUUAUCUUUAUCUACGGGAAAUACGGGAUCCUCUGAGUCAUGUAUCAGAUUAAUUUGUGUGUGCAUAUCACAUCGCUCGCGCUGCUCCGAAGUCAUCCGUACCGAAAAUGGUCUGGUUUCUAACUGCUUUUACGCGCAACAACAGCAACUGAAGGGGGAUUAUAAUUUUUUUAUCUGGAGCCUGUUGGUUUAAUCCAAUGGUCAAUCUGGAAGUUAUUGGAUCCUGUGUUUAAUCCAUUCUACUGGGUUUGGAUCUCUGUUGAUCCCGACUCCAACUAGUGGAACCGAACAUUUCAACGCGGAAUACCGCGGCGAAGGAUGGGCCCUCUCUUUCCAACACCCUGCAUUGUCCUCCUCGUCCUCCACGCCACCUUGUCACCAGCCUCCCUCAGUCCCGAGGAUUACGCCGCGGACGAGGCAGAGCGAACUGCCAACAGCGACAACAUAAUUUUCGACGAUUACCGGGGGAAAGUUUGCGUGGACGACAGUGGCUUUGUUUACAAACUGGGGGAGCGUUUCUUCCCAGGACACUCGAACUGCCCAUGCGUGUGCACUGAGGAUGGGCCAGUGUGCGACCAGCCGGAGUGCCCCAAGAUACACCCUAAGUGCACAAAAGUGGAGCACAAUGGAUGCUGUCCUGAAUGCAAGGAGGUUAAAAACUUUUGUGAAUACAGGGGGAAAACUUACAAGAUCCUGGAGGAAUUUAAGGGUUCCCCGUCCGACGAGGAAGGGACCAGUCCGCCCGCCGUCGCGCCCGUACUACCCCCGGUCCUACCCCCAGCCUCUGCAGCGCAGCUCCAAUCAAGAACCAGGAAAUAUAGGCCUUCGCCUUGUGAGUGGUGUCGCUGUGAACCAAAUAACGAGGUGCACUGUGUGGUCUCUGACUGUGCCGUCCCAGAGUGUGUCAACCCAGUCUACGAGCCAGAACAGUGCUGUCCUGUCUGUAAAAACGGUCCAAAUUGCUUUGCCGGAACGACCAUCAUCCCAGCCGGUAUUGAAGUGAAGGUAGAUGACUGCACCAUUUGCCGCUGUCACAAUGGGGACUGGUGGAAGCCAGCACAGUGCCUGCGCCGGGAGUGCCUCAAUGGCCAGACGUUGUCAUAGAAACCCCGGCGGGGACGGUGUCGGUGACGUGCAGCCAGGGAGCGGUCCUGCCUGCUGCAAAGGCAAACAAACAAACAAAACGCUCAUCUUGUAUGAUUGAUAGGAUGGACAGGAGAGGAGCACAAUUCCUUGGCAACAUUGACUAGGAGACUGCAUAACAAGCUGAAAUGAAAAGCUCUCGUACACAGUACCUACACACCACCACUACCACAACUUUAACCACAGAGGAGCGGAGAGAGCAGGAGGAACUUUUCUUGAGACUGUUUUUUUGUCUUCUGUUUUGACUGUGUGACUAUUUAUAUUUUCUGAUAACUACUUACUGCUUAUGCUGCUUAUAAACAUAAUGUUUAUAUAUUUCAUGAAGUCAUUUCCACCUAACCAUUAGCACUGUUAAACAUGGUCAGAUGUGUUCUGUCAUCUGCUUACUGUAGCUCUCUCUGAGAUGUCUUCACCACACCGCUUCGCUAUGGGAAUUACAAUGGUCACAAAAACAUAUCACUCACAGCUGUUGGCUUCCACUAAAUGCACAAUCCUUCUAUGAGUCAAUAGCAAGAGUUCACUUCUGGUGUUGGGGUCAAUGAAAUUAAUUAUUGACAUAAAAUGUGGGCUGACAAAAGAUGCAUGGCCACAAACAGAUCCCCUCAGUUACUGUUUUUACUACACACAAUAUGCUUGAUGAGACUGUCUUCGAGGUGCUCUUCUCUGCAUGGAGAGAUUGGAGGCCAGUUUUAUCUAAUAUACAGUACCUGUCAAAAGUUUGGACACAUCUACUCAUUCAAGGGUUUUUCUUUAUUUGGAUUAUUUUCUACAUUGUAAAAUAAUAGUAAAGACAUCAAAACUAUGAAAUAACACAUGGACUCAUGUAGUAAUUAAAAAAGUGUUAUACUAAUCUAAAUGUAUUUUAGAUUUGAUAUUCUUCAAAGUAGACACCCUUUGCCUUUAUGACAUCUUUACACACUUUUGGCAUUCUCUCAACCAGCUUCACCUGGAAUGAUUUUCUUGAAGAAGUUCCCAUAUAUGCUGAGCACUUGUUUAUUGCUUUUCCUUCACUCUGCAGUCCAACUCAUCCCCAACCAAUCCCAAUCUCAAUUGGGUGGAGGCCAGGUCAUCUGAUGCAGCACUCUCUCACUCUCCUUCUUGGUCAAAUAGCCCUUACAAAGCCUGCAGAGGUAACUGGGCGCUUGAUGGUUUUUGCGACGGCACUUGAAGAAACUUAAAGUUCUUGAAAUUUUCCAGAUUGACUGGCCUUCAUGUCUUAAAGUAAUGACGGACUGUCAUUUCUCUUUGCUUAUUUGAGCUACAGUAUUCUGGCAAUAAUAAGGACUUGGUCUAGGAAAUUAAUUCCACAAAUGGACAUUUAACAAGGCACACCUGUUAAUUGAAAUGCAUUCCAGGUGACUACCUCAUGAAGCUGGUUGAGAGAAUACCAAGAGUGUGCAAAGUUGUCAUCGAGGCAAAGGGAGGCUACUUUGAAUAAUCUCAAGUAUAAAAUAUGUUUUGAUUUGUUUAACACUUUUUUGGUUACAGCAUGAUUCCACGUGUUAUUUCAUAGUUUUGAUGUCUUCACUAUUAUUCUACAAUGUAGAAAACCUUUGACUGGUACUGUAUAGCCAACCGAUACAUUAGUAAGUGAUAAGUUACUGGAAACAGUAGAAAAAGGAACCAACUUUACUUAUUUUAGUAGUUGAAACAACUACUUAAGUUAGAAGCCAUGUAACCCAUAACAGAGGGGGUAAAAAAUAAAUAUGCUCCAGCAUUCAUACACUACCGGGGCCAUUCCUCUUGGCUUAAUUGCCUUUGUUGUUUUUCCCCAUAGCCCAAACCAACAAAAAUUGUCCUCAGUGUGAACAGCUUGAACUUGUUAUCUAAGAAAUUAGCGAGCCAAGCAGGGGCAUGCUUUAAUUUCCAUUAAGCAAAGGGUAUUCUGUGAUAAAUCAUCUGGCCGGGCCUCUCUGCGCUCAACACUACGCCACCUGGCUGCCGUCUGCAAGCAUCAGCCAAGCACCAAGUACACUCGGCAAGAACUCAGAGAGAGACAAAGGGGAUAUCUGCAUAAGCAAACAAACACACAGGUGAACACGUAUGCAUGUGCCUACACACAAGCAUGUGCGGGCACACACACACUUGUACGCACACCCUUUUCAUCCUCUAAGGCCCAAACCUACAGCUUUCACAAUUCAUUUUCAGCUUAAAAAAUGUUGAUCCACUGCACCCCAAGAAGAAGUACUUAAGCCAAUAAAGCUCUCACUGAGAUACACAGCUCCUCUCCUCCCCUCCCCUAUAGAUUACACAAUAGAUUUUCUGUUUUGUAGCCUCCUCCAUAUAUCUGCAUAGCUCAGCUACAGCACCCCACAGUAUGGCAAGGGUUAUAACUUAGCUUGAUUUAAUGCAUUGCUUAGCCUAUAGAUUCCUUCCUAUAGGUUUCAGGGUCACACUCCAAGCAACCAACCUCCUUUUCUUUUUGAAAUGAUAAAAACUAUUCAUUAACUCAAAGGCAGAUUUCCUGCUAAGCCCAUGCAAUUCAUCACUGAUACUUUAUAUUUGUGUGUUUCAGUGAGAAUCCAUUCCUGUUCACCUUUUAGAAGCUAUUCGUCCUGUGUGAUUAACUACUUAAUAACGGCUUCCAGCUUCUGGUAAUGAGACGGAAAUGAACACAGGAGUGACAGACCCCUGACUAAAGAGGUGGUAGAAUAGAAAAUGACAGACUGUGUCCCAAAUGGCACCCCUAUUCACAAUGUAGUGAGUGCACUACAUUUGACCAGGGCCCAAAGGGCUCUGGAUAAAAGUAGUGCACUAUAUAUGGAGCAGGGUCCCAUUUGGGACAUUCCCAAAAAUAUACAUGACCUAAUAAGCCUCUCCUCCCAAACCCAUCUAUGUCUGUCUGCAGCCACUGUACUGUAGACUAGCUCAUUCUGUUAUACUCAGCUGCCUGUAGUUGUAUCAUUAUUGAUUCAGGAAUUCAGAAGAUGAACAAAUGAGGGAAGGGGACUUCAAACCUGGGUGCAUCAUUAUGGUCAAAGUUGCUCAGGUCAUUUUUAUCAUUACCUUGUCUCGUGAUGAAUUAGUCAUUUGUAAUGAGAAGAGAGACGCAAUUUGUCAAGCCAGAAUACUUACUCGAACAGUACCUAGAGAAGAGAGUAGAAUGUUACCUUAUUAAUCCCAACUUGGGAAGUUGUUUUAUCACAGCAUACAUCAUCAAUAACUCACAAGGACACAUAACAACAGCAGACAUAGAAUUAAAAAACGACACAUAUUAAGAUGCAUGAAGGCACAUGUACCCUAAGAUAUACAUCACUCUUCAGGUCCAUACAUUGUAUGAGACUCCAUGACACCUUUAUCACUCAUCUCUUUUAAUUAGGUCUAUCAUAGUCCUGAUAUCUGAGAUUUUCUCUUUAGUGUGUUAUAGAUUUUUAGUACUGGAUAUAGAUUAUCUCUUGCUACCAUGGUAAUAAUUGAGAGACAGAAAGAGAGGUGGAGACAGAAAAAGAGAGAAAGACAGUAUUCCAGAUGAACAAGACAGAAGUUGCUCUGGAACCCUUUACAGGAACCGUCCAUGGUCCGCAGCUGCAAACCAACCAGCUGAGACCUCCUCAAGUGCUAUGUAUAUCCAUUAUCUGCCUCAAUUUAGUUAAACACACUCUACAUGCAUAGCCAAGAGGUAGUGGAUAUGUAGCUCCCCAUACAUACAGCAUAGCCAAGAGCUAGUGGAGUCACCUCGAACCUGCAUAGCUCCUCUGUGACCAGUGGCCAGCUGGGUUCAGUGUACAGUGGGAUAAGGCAGAGCCAUAUAUAAUGUAUAACAGUGCAUAUACAGUAUAUAGCGCUGGGGAUAGGGAAGGGGUCCUCCAGGGAUUGUGUGGGUAGCAGUACAGCUGAACUCAGACUAACCUGUUCUAGAUAGGUGGUUAACCUCUCCCUCAGGAAUUGCUCACUUCUGCAAUUCUACACAUUUUGCCAUGGGGCAGAGAGAAAAUGUUGCUGUUUUAAAAGUAAUUCAAGCUCAAAUAUAGGUGUGUUGACUGUGAUAAAGGAACUGGAUUAUGAGCUGUCAUGCUUGUUGAACGAACAAAUGAUGUAGGCAGUGGCAUGGUGCAUAUAGCCAUAGAAGCACAGUGACAUAUCCAUCAAUGCGGUCAUAUUCAUGGCUUUGUUGGGAUGUGGCUUUCAGUUAGUUGUAUUUGGCCACCCAUCCCAUGAAAGUGAAUUUCAUUCCAGUGCACUGCUUGCUAUUAAUUUUUCUGGUGGUGUUUGCAUGUUCAGGUAAAAAUGCUAAAUAAUGUCCCAUUUAGAACACUGACAAGUAGAGAGCCAUAGAGAUUACAUUACAAUAAUAGAGGGGCUAUGUCAUAAACCCUCAAUGUUCCAGAAUAGGGUGAAAAAAGCAGUCAUAUUGGUCAGGGAGAAACCCAAACCAGUCUAACUGGAAUUAAUGGCAGUAGAGGCAUUUAAUUAUGCAGGGGGGAAAAAGUAAGAUGUGAUAUAUUUAAAAAGAUGUGGUAAUAUAAUUAUUUUCAACACAACUUAAAAAGGUUUUAUACCAAUUUUCUGUAAAAUAGCCUCUACAAUAUAUGCAAAGACCAUACAUAUCAACACAUUUGUUUUCUUGGAAAGCUGUGAGUGCUAUUAUAUGAGACAAUAUCAGUACUUGUUGCAUUUACAACUUGUGUAAGUCCUAUCAUCAACUGAUUUCAGCCAGUGUAUUGACUGCAUUGUUUGAAUGGAAUGUUGGCCUAUUGGCAGUUAGACAUAUUUAUGGAAUCAUUCCUCUAAAACUGUCUGGACAGCUAGCUAACAAGCGUACAGUGCAGAUCAAUUAUUAAAAUUCAUUAUUUUACACAAUAUCUUAUCACAGCAAUGGCAAACAAUGGUUGACCAACUCCCUGACCAAAAUGGCUGACCUUUAUCCCAUAAUAAGAAGGUUCUACUCCAUUCUAGUAUUGUAAUUACUAAUUCUAUGUAGGGAGCAUAAUAUUGAAAUAACCCCUCUCCCAUUAAUAUUGCUAACCCCUAUCUCUUUAUUGACAAUCAUAUUCCAGGUAUUUGUUUCAUGAACAGUUGUACAAUGAAAGGACGGAAAGUCUUAUUUGAAUAAUACAGAGGGAAAUUAUUCAAGUACAAAAGGUUAAGACGGCAGUUAUAAUUGUUUUCACCACCAGCUACCGCCUAGCAUCCUGAACAUGGGUUACUGCAGGGAGCUUUCAAUGUACUCAAACUGUUCAGUGAACCUGCAGUAGAUUUGGAAUCCAACUGUGAGACCCCAGCUGCAGUGAAGAAUUAUUGACUGAGUAAUAGAGUUUCAAAAUGUAUCGAAAGAUAGUCUGAGGGAGCAGUCGAUAUCCCUGUUAAUUUUCUGCUCAUGAAAUAGUCUGGUCUUUUGUGUGUCUGGCCAUGAAAGUCUAGCCUACUACUCACAAAGCACUCUCCAACCCAUUCAACUUGACACUGCUCAUUUGCUGUAAAGGUUUACCAUACAAUUUCUCUUUGCACCGACUUACUGUAGCUGGAACCUAUGAAAGAUUGUUCUAAUUGCUUCUUUUUUUACAAAAAAAUGUACAUAAAGUGUGCCUGAAAAAACAAGAGUACUAUCUAGUAUUGAGAGAAAAACACUUAAACAAUCAAAUUGCAUUAUUAUACAGGUGCUGGGGGGUUACUCCUAAAGAUUCUAUUAAUAUUAACUCCUUCUGUUAUCAAUUAAUGUUAUAUUGAAUUAGAGCCAGAAAUGUUCAUAAUAAAAACAAAGAGAUGGUUUGGUUGGAAAUACCAAGACACACUGACCUCUAGAGUCUAGAGACCAUACAUAGCUUAUAACAAACACAUAGUGGGUACAUACAUCUAACCAAACACUCCCGAUUUUUGUUCCAAUUGAAAUAAAACCCUUGGUGCCAAUUAUGGUGUAUAGUAAGUUGUAAAUACCUUCACAACGUAUGUGUAUUCUGAAAAUCAGAGUUGAAGAAAAAAAUGUGUAUUAUUUAUGGAGACAAACUAUUUUGUUAAACAGAGUGAAAAAUAAGUGUUAUUAUA